CAAAAUCCUAAAAAAGACAAAUCCUCCAAAAGAAAGUAUUUUCAUGUACUUUAUUGUUCUCAUAAAAUAUACAGUACAAUUACCUGAAAUAACGUACAAUACUUUAUUAUGAAGUACGGGUGGCAACCCUAUUGACGCUACGCGACUUAGAGAUUCUAUUUGAUGUCGGUUUUGAAACAUCUUUGUUUUUCUUCGUCCCAUUUUAAUGAAGUAUUUCGAAAAGAUAUAUGAAAACAUAUCAGUAAUUCAUAAUAACAAGAAGAAGGAAAGUUUGUUCAAAUUUUGUAAAAAAAAUCUGUGAAAUGUCAAUCAGUAGCUCUUGUCAGUGUCACGAAAUGUCAAACGAGUGAAAUGAAGGCGUAAAUCAAAUUUAGAAUUGACAUUUUUGAAAAUUUAUUUCAUAAUUACAAAAAAAAAAUGUAUUUCCGACUUUACAAUGUUACGUCGCCGCGUCGGGUUGAAAGGUCGGGCGGUGGUGUCCCCUACCACCGGUCCGUGAAAUUACACAAAACUUUUCUGUGUGUUUAGUGCGAGUUUUUUAACUUCUCGAUCGGUAGAGGCGCUAUUCCAACUCCAUACAAAUUUGAGUUCACUUUUACGCUAUCGAGAACGUUAAAGAACUUUAACUAAGCACACUGGUUUGAUUUUUGUUAAUGACAUCGUGUUUAUUAUUCGUUCAAACAUUGGAAGUCAUUUUUGAACACGUGUUGAGUGCGUAUUUCAUUAUAACAAUCGGUAUUUACCCGUUUUCGGGAUUUCAACGCCGGUAAAGUCAUAUCGCAUAACAAAUCUUAAGUCGUCUUAAAUUAGAUAUCUAUACUAAUAUUAUAAAGAGGAAAAAUUUGUUUGUUUGUUUGUUUCGAAUAGGCUCCGAAACUACUGGAUCGAUUUGAAAAAAUCUUUUUCCAUUAGAAGCCGACAUUGUCCCUGAUGAACAUAGGCUACUUUUUUUUUUUUAUUUUUUUUUUUUUUUGGUUUCAUGUGUGUUUUAAUGUUUCCGAAGCAAAGCGAGGGCGGGUCGCUAGUUUAACACUAAACCUACUAUUGGUACUUUUUUUUCUACCUAUUCUAGUAACCUUGAGGGGCUAUUCUAGAUUCACCGAGCGAGUAGGUGAGCUCACGGGGCUCAAACCUGACGACGUUGCUAACACUAGCCCUAGCAAGAGCAGUGCUUGGCAGAAUCUACCACCGGAUCGGAAACGCGACCCACUGAGAAGAUCGGGCGACAAGCUCAGUGGGCUGUGUUGGUACCGGUCAUAUUGACCGCUCUGCAAUUUACGUAAAAUCAGAUGUUCAUUAGAACGUUAUUAACCGUUAUCGAAAUACUACGACAAUUCUUAGAAUGUAAAUAAUAAUUCCAUAAUUGUUAUUACCAGAGAUAUAUAGAUAGAGCAUGUAAUAUUUUCAUCACUGUUUACUGCCAGCUACUUUCUCAUUUCCAUGGAAAAAAAAAAAAAUAUUGCGUAGCAUUUAAUAAUAAAAAUCCGAUAAUUUUGCUAAGUACCAGGCAAUUUGUGGGGGGCGCGGUAGGGAUUUAUGUACGAGAAACCUUGGUAGGUUUAGUGUUAACAAACAAACAAAAAAAAAAAAAAUGGUUAUUUCUAAACAAUUUUUUUGACCUCAUUUUAAGUAUUAUAAAUAUACCAAAAACAUGUAGUUUUUUAACGUUUAAUUAAUUUAUUAGAUUAGAUUAUUUUUUUUAUAAUAUAGAAUGACAAUAAUGGUAAUUGUUACGAAUUUCGUGUUCGCAAUGAGUUUGAUGAUUGUUUAAAAAUAUAUCGAGGGGUGAAAGGCAAUUUGAUAUAAGCGACAUUUUUGAAAUUUUACAGGAGAUCCAUUUUAAGUUUAAAAUUUGGAAAAAAUAUCAGAACAAAAAAAAAUCUUUUUCAGCUUUUUUUUUUUUUUUUUUUUUUAUUGCUUAGAUGUGUGGACGAGCUCACAGCCCACCUGGUGUUAAGUGGUUACUGGAGCCCAUAGACAUCUACAACGUAAAUGCGCCACACACCUUGAGAUAUAGUUCUAAGGUCUCAGUAUAGUCACAACGGCUGCCCCACCCUUCAAACCGAAACGCAUUACUGCUUCACGGCAGAAAUAGGCGGGGCGGUGGUACCUACCCGUGCGGACUCACAAGAGGUCCUACCACCAGUAAUUACGCAAAUUAUAAUUUUGCGGGUUUGAUUUUUAUUGCACGGUGUUAUUCCUUCACCGUGGAAGUCAAUCGUGAACAUUUGUUGAGUACGUAUUUCAUUAGAAAAAUUGGUACCCGCCAGCGAGAUUCGAACACCAGUGCAUCGCUCGAUACGAAUGCACCGGACGUCUUAUCCUUUAGGCCACGACGACUUAAACGACGGCUAUUCGUAUGUAGUAAGCAUAAUUGAAGUUCAAUUGAAAACAUCGAAUCGUUGAUGCUAAUACCAAAAUAAAACGCACCUUUAAUUACAAUGAUAAAUAAAUAAAUAGAUAAAUAAAUAUUUACUAACAGUCACGCCACGUUAACUGGUCCCGUGAUAAGUUCGUAAAGAACUUGUGUUACAGGUACCAGAUAACGGAAAUAAAUGUAAGAUUUUUAUUAUACACAUAGAUAUAUAUUUAAUAUACAUCCAUAACCUUGGAAAAGUCAUUUUAUAUUUAUCAUACAAAUAUCUUGCCUUGGCGGGAUUCGAACCCGCGACCUCCUUGUGUAGUGACCAUGUCACUUACCACUACACCAGACGGCCGUAAAUGUCGCGUGUUAAGGAAAUGCCGCCUAAACCAAAUAGCAUUACACCCCUCGAUAUAUAAAAAUGUGUACUGGCUUAAGGACUGAAUUUUUCUAGUAAACAUUUAAGCUAUUGUGCCCUAGCAAGGAUCCGUAGGAUUUUGUGCUCGACCAAAGCAUUAUAACUACAUGGUAUUGACAUAGAUAAUAAUGUUGUUAUGACCUACGGAACCCAGUGAUAAUUUUUUUUAUUGCCUUUAAUUGAAAAUAAUUAGAACUUUUUAGGUUGAAUUGAAAUUGUACACGAGUGCUUGCUAUAAUCACAAUCACUGUAAAGAAUAUAGCUUAAUUAAUAACACAUUUGUAAUCUUGUAUUUUAUUGUUGGAUUUUACUCUUGAUGAAGCAAUAGAAAUUGACCACACAUCAAAUGAGCGGUAAUUUUAUUAUUUAUAUUAUAAACGUCAAAUUGUUGCCUCAUAGAAUAAAUCAAAUGUCGUGAAUAUGUAUGGCAACCCCGAAAGGGUUACCAUGUUUUAUUAAAAUGUGUACAUGAUUUUUUACUAUCGUCUACUCUAUGUGAAUGUAGCUUGUUUUUUAAUCUGUAUUUAUUGAAAUAAACGUUGAUGUUAGAAGUCGUCUUUUGAGGUUUUAUUUUUUUCUGGAGGGUAGAAGGAUAACCAACUCACUGAAUUAAAAAGUGUCCGCUGAAAGUAUGGAGAGUAGAGGGAGGCACAGUAGUAAGUGGAACGAUUUUAAAAACAGCGCCUUAAGCUAUUAAAGUAGCAAAAUAAAUGAAUAAGGAAAGAAAUACUUAAGGAACUACAGGUAAGUACGUUCAAUAAGCGAAAAUGCUACGACGCUGCUCGAAGCACAUCCAGACGCUGUACCGGCGUCAGGGCCAGUCCAUCCGCUUCAAGUCAACAACUCAAACGCCCAAAAUACUUGCACCCUUACACGCAACCAAACUGAACCAACCGAGAGCUCUGGUCGCCCACAAUCAAGUAGCAUCCAUCCACUUCACGAAUCCCCUGCUUGUAGAGCAAGAUGUGACCACUCCAAGUUUCCCGGACUCCGUUUCUGAAGGUGACGUCAAAUUAGAUAAGAAAGUGGGAGACAGCGUAGCCGCCGAUGAAGUGGUCCUGGAAAUCGAGACGGACAAAACCGCCAUUCCGGUCAUGGCGCCCGGCCAUGGUGUCAUCAAGGAGUUGUACGUCAAAGACGGAGAAACCGUUAAAGCUGGACAAAAGCUGUUUAGGUUAGAGAUCACAGGGGAAGCACCUAAAAAGGCUGCAGCUACUGAGGCUCCGAAGGUUGAUACACCACCGCCGCCGCCGCCGCCUCCUCAAGCUGCCGCUCCGCCUCCGCCCCCACCUCCCGCCGCGGCAGCUCCUCCCUCACCACCCCCACCUACCCCUAAAGCCGCUCCGCCUCCGCCCGCUGCUCCCAUCUCCUCAAUACCAGUCGCCGCCAUCCGUCACGCUCAGGCGAUCGAGACAGCAACUGUUAAAGUUCCUCCACAGGACUACAGCAAAGAGAUCGCCGGCACGCGCACCGAGCAACGGGUCAAGAUGAACAGGAUGAGGCAACGCAUCGCUCAGCGUUUGAAGGACGCUCAGAACACGAACGCCAUGUUGACGACAUUCAACGAGAUCGACAUGUCCCACAUCAUGGCAUUCCGUAAGAAGCACCUCGACACCUUCACUAAGAAGCACAGCAUCAAACUCGGUCUGAUGUCACCUUUCGUGAAGGCGGCCGCCAACGCCCUGAUGGACCAGCCCGUGGUGAACGCUGUUAUCGAAGAAAACGAGAUAAUUUAUAGGGACUACGUAGAUAUUUCGGUAGCGGUCGCCACACCGAAAGGUCUCGUCGUGCCGGUCAUCAGAAACGUUCAGAACAUGACUUAUGCUGAUAUCGAGCUCACCAUAGCUGGGCUAGCGGAAAAAGCGAGAACCGGUAAGCUCACGAUCGAAGAAAUGGACGGCGGAACGUUCACCAUCAGCAAUGGCGGCGUUUUCGGGUCUCUGAUGGGAACGCCAAUCAUCAAUCCGCCUCAAUCUGCUAUACUGGGUAUGCACGGCAUCUUCGAGCGGCCCAUCGCUCUGAACGGCCAAGUCGUGAUCAGGCCCAUGAUGUAUAUUGCCCUAACUUACGACCACAGGCUGAUAGACGGCCGCGAAGCUGUACUCUUCCUCAGAAAGAUCAAGGAAGGCGUCGAAGAUCCCGCCACUAUCGUCGCUGGCUUGUAAAAUCUAAGACAAACACCAUCCGACCAUAACAAAAGACGAUAAUAGAAUAACAGUUACCAGCCGAAGGAUGUUUAAUUUAAUCAUGUAAAUGUUACGAAUAUCGUCACUUUCGAGGUAGCCGCCGCGCGGGGUGCACGUCUUUUUUCUCAUAUUUCUUUGUUUUUAGUUCUUUUUUUUUUGUUUUUUCGUUGUAACUAUUUAUUGAACGCGCACGCUUCGAACUUCGGUUACGUUUUAUUUGUAUUAUUUAUCGUGAUUUUUAGUAAUAAUUAAUAAGAGAUGUACAAUUUAAAAGAAAUACCGACGACCUCA